ACAUUUAUUCUACAUGUCACGUGAGGCGAUUUAAAUGUAAAUUAAAAUAACAUCAUUGAAUCCAAAUUAAAAACAAAUCCUAACUAGACAACAUACUAUGUCUGGCACCGCGUAUAUUUACGUAUAUCGCCUUGCCAGGUUGUCGCAUAUUAUGUUAACUUCAUACAGAAACUUGUAUGUUCAAAUGUGAACCUUUCAUAGAUGUAGAUGCGGUGUUUUUUUUGUUUUUUUGUUGUUGUUGUUUUUUUCCCCCUCUCUCAUUCACACGUGUGGAGUAAGUGUGUUUUGUGUGGCGUGUUAUCAUCUGUGUGUUACAUGUAAUUCUCCCUUUAGAAAUAUCAAAUCAGAUUAAAACAAUACCUGUCCGAAAAAUGAAAAUAUCAAUUUCGACAGGUGUCAUAAUAGUAUGCAAUUACCGAUAAUAAUUAAACUGGUAAUAGCAAUCAUUAAGAUGACAUGUUUUUCUUAGUGUGCGUGAUCGUCGUGAACACAAGCCCAGGUAGGAUUGAAAGUUGGCGGAUUGUACAUGCUUGAGGGCCAAUGAAGGAUUGUGGAUAGCGUCCAAUCAGAAACGUGUUUACAUAUCCUGUGCCCAAUCGUGGCCAUGAUCUGUAACGGAGCGGGGAGCACAAAAAUAGCUCUCUGAGUGCAGUUUUCAUUCUACCGUUGAACUUCGACUGGUAAACAUCAGAAAUGGCUCGUACAAAGCAGACCGCCCGUAAAUCCACUGGAGGCAAGGCCCCACGUAAACAGUUGGCUACCAAGGCCGCCCGUAAGAGCGCCCCAGCCACCGGAGGAGUAAAGAAACCUCACAGGUACAGGCCAGGAACAGUCGCUCUCCGUGAAAUCCGUAGGUACCAGAAGAGCACCGAGCUCCUCAUCAGGAAACUGCCAUUCCAGCGUCUCGUCCGUGAAAUCGCCCAGGAUUUCAAGACCGACCUGAGGUUCCAGAGCUCUGCUGUUAUGGCUCUUCAGGAGGCUAGCGAAGCUUACUUGGUCGGACUUUUCGAGGACACCAACCUGUGCGCCAUCCACGCCAAGCGUGUCACCAUCAUGCCCAAGGAUAUCCAGCUGGCUCGCCGUAUCCGCGGAGAACGUGCUUAAGCAGUACAUCUGUACACUACUUCCCAAAACGGCCCUUUUCAGGGCCACCAAAAUUCCAAAAAAGUUCCACUUGCUCUCGAAUUUACGCUAUCAUACAUACUUACAAUCAGAUGGAAGUAUAACCAUCAACUUUAUUAAAGAAAUUAAAUUCAAUACAAUAUUGGAAUUUUUAAUUAGUAAUAUUAUUACGAUUGUGAUUGGAUAGAUCAACAAUUAAAACACGGAAUUAGCAUGUUUGCAUAACACUAACAAAUUACUGGUCAAUUAAUAAACAGAUCGAGAGUCAACAACACAACUUGUAACAAAACAUCUGUACGACCUGGUAUUAAAGUUUAGUGACAUAAUUCCUCGAUUUACAAGUAUAUGACUUAAUUUGCUAGGGUAACUUGCGAUGCUUUACAUGGAUAUGAUGCGUUUGUGAGAUAUUAUAGUGAUUUGGAAGCGAGUAUUUGUACAUGAGUUUAUUAUUGAUGUUGGUUUUAAGAAUAUGAGUUAUAGGUAUUGCGAGGAAAAGUGGUAAUAAUUGAAUAAUGAAGCAUAUAUAUAUGUAAAUAAAUGAUAGUAAAAGAAAAAAAAAAAAUGAUAAU